CACACUGGGCCUCUGCUCCCCUUGCUGUGUGGUCUAUCCUGCCUGUGUCCACAGGGACACGGCUCCCCUCACACAGCUCAGCCCAGAACCCCUACCAGAACCCAGGGGAGCCCCGAGGAGACAGAACCUGCCAUUUUCUGUUUCCAUCUCCCUUGAGGGAGGAUGUAGGCCAAAACAGUGGCCUCUGUAAACAGUAGGCCAGACUUACUGUCAAGGAGGGAGGGAUGAGCAAAGAAAGGCACGUGUUCCCGGGGCCAGGCCUUCUUCAAUCCCUGUGGCUCUGUCCUUGGUCCUCUGUCAUCCCAGAAGGCCUAGGAGCCUCCCUCUCCAUGGGGGCAGGGCCACUCUCUCAGAAACUGCCCAGAAUCUGGACCGAGGCAUGUGGGGAGCCCAGCCUUACAGCCUCCAUAAUCUCACUAUGUCUCCAUCUCCUCGGCAGAGCUCCUACCCCAUCUGGGAGGACUUCAACUCCAAGGCCACGAAGCUGCAUUCCCAGCUGAGGACCACUGUGCUGGCUGCUGUGGCCUUCUUGGAUGCCUUCCAGAAAGUGGCAGACAUGGCCACCAACACCCGAGGGGCCACAAGGGACAUUGGCUCGGCGCUCACGCGCAUGUGCAUGCGCCACCGCAGCAUCGAGACCAAGCUGCGGCAGUUCACCAACGCGCUGCUGGAGAGCCUCAUCAACCCGCUGCAGGAGCGCAUCGAGGACUGGAAGAAGUCGGCCAACCAGCUGGACAAGGACCACGCGAAAGAGUAUAAACGAGCCCGGCAUGAAAUCAAGAAAAAGUCUUCAGACACGUUGAAGCUGCAGAAGAAAGCACGCAAAGAGCUACUUGGAAAAGGAGACCUGCAGCCGCAGCUGGACAGCGCCCUGCAGGACGUCAACGACAUGUACCUGCUGCUGGAGGAGACCGAGAAGCAGGCAGUGCGCCGGGCCCUGAUUGAGGAGCGUGGGCGCUUCUGCACCUUCAUCACGUUCCUACAGCCUGUGGUGAACGGCGAGCUGACCAUGCUGGGAGAGAUCACCCACCUGCAGGGCAUCAUCGACGACCUGGUGGUGCUGACAGCGGAACCCCACAAGCUGCCCCCCGCCAGCGAGCAGGUGAUCAAAGACCUGAAGGGCUCAGACUAUAGCUGGUCCUACCAGACCCCCCCGUCGUCGCCCAGCGGCUCCGGCUCACGGAAGUCCAGCAUGUGCAGUGCCCCCAGCAGCAGUAGCAGUGCCAAGGGUGGCGGAGCCCCGUGGCCUGGGGGUGCCCAAACAUACUCACCCAGUUCCACCUGUCGCUACCGCAGCCUGGCACAGCCAGCCACCGCCGCCGCCCGCCUCUCCAGCGUCUCCUCCCACGACUCUGGCUUUGUCUCCCAGGACGCCACGUACUCCAAGCCCCCCUCACCCAUGCCUUCAGACAUCACCAGCCAGAAGUCCUCCAGCUCUGCGUCCUCAGAGGCCUCGGAAACCUGCCAGUCCGUUAGCGAGUGCAGCUCCCCCACCUCGGACUGGGCCAAGGUGGGCCCCCACGAACAGCCCUCGGGCACCAGCCUGCAGCGGAGGAAGGACCGAACAGAGCACCCCCGAGACACGGAGCCAGGCCUGGCCAGCGGGGGCACCCUAGGCCCCAGCGGAGAGGAGGCUCCACGACCUCGCAUGUCCCCUGCCACCAUCGCAGCCAAGCACGGUGAGGAGGUGUCCCCGGCGGCCAGUGACCUGGCCAUGGUGCUGACCCGCGGCCUGAGCCUGGAGCACCAGAAGAGCAGCCGGGACUCGCUGCAGUACUCCAGCGGCUACAGCACGCAGACCACCACGCCCUCGUGCUCCGAGGACACCAUCCCCUCCCAAGGCUCCGACUACGACUGCUACUCUGUGAACGGGGACGCGGAGGCCGAGGGCCCCGCUGAGUUCGACAAGUCAUCCACCAUCCCCCGCAACAGCAACAUCGCCCAGAACUACCGCCGCCUGAUCCAGACCAAGCGCCCCGCCUCUACCGCGGGGCUGCCCAGCGCCUCGGGGGCGCCCCCCGGCGUGGCCACCAUCCGCCGCACACCGUCCACCAAGCCCGCCGUGCGCCGCGCGCUCUCCAGGCGGAACCAGGAUCCAAGCAAGGUGGCCAAGCAGGUCUGGGGAACCAAGGCGGCCCCUGGCUCCCGAGGGCAGACGGAGAGUGGGAUCUUGACCACCUCUUAG